UGCGCGCCCCGCCCCUGGGGAGGAGCCGGCGGGCUCCCGGCCAUCUAGCUCCCGCUGCUGCGGUCCGCAGGCGGCCCGGAGGUCCCGGCUCUUUUUCCUGGCCGCUCCCGUUCUCUCUGCUCUCUUCCCUCCACGGGCUCUUCCCGCCGCUUCAACCUGCCCACUCGCCUUUCCAAUCGGUCUGGGCCGGGACUACACGCUGGGUGCCGGGGCCGUGGGACCGAAAUUCUUGGUGGUAACCUCGAGAGGAGGGAGGGAGAACUGGAGAAAACUGCUCUGAUUCGAUUUGACUUCAACCAGGAGUUGACGCUGCAAAGUAAUAACCGGCAUUUACUCAGCUCUCUCGCAGGUUUCAAGAUGACUUGUCGGCGAUUCCCACACACCUGAGUCUUCUGCUGGAGUGAUGGCCUCAUGACCAGGUUGACAGACAGUACUGCCAGUGUCUGUGACACAGAACUCUGGCUGACCACACUGAAGCACGAUGCACCAGCAGGUGAAUGGCCACAGUUUAGGCUCCAAUGCCCAAGGCAGGGCAUCCCUCAAGGGCGACCUAAGGGAGUUCCUGGGUGGGGAGGUCCCACUGCACCAGCUGGAUGACCUCACCAAGGUGAAUCCCGUGACACUGGAAACAGUCCUGAGGUGCCUGCAGGCCCGGUACACAGAAGACAUAUUCUAUACCAAUGCUGGCUGUACCUUGGUAGCUCUGAACCCCUUUAAGCACAUCCCUCAACUCUAUGCACCAGAACUGAUGCAAGAGUACCAUGCUGCACCUCAGCCUCAGAAAUUAAAACCCCACAUCUUCACAGUGGGUGAGCAGACCUACAGGAAUGUCAAGAGCUUGAUUGAGCCGAUCAACCAAUCCAUUGUGGUCAGUGGAGAGAGCGGAGCUGGAAAGACAUGGACAUCCCGAUGCCUGAUGAAGUUCUAUGCUGUUGUGGCUGCCUCACCUACUUCCUGUGAGAACCACAAGAUGGCAGAGCGGAUUGAACAGCGGAUCCUGAACUCCAACCCUGUCAUGGAAGCUUUUGGGAACGCGUGCACACUGAGGAAUAACAACAGCAGUCGCUUUGGGAAGUUCAUCCAGCUCCAGCUGAACAGAGCCCAACAGAUGACGGGAGCUGCAGUCCAGACCUACCUCCUAGAGAAAACCCGUGUGGCCUGUCAGGCCGCCAGUGAGAGGAACUUCCACAUCUUCUACCAGAUUUGCAAAGGAGCCACCAAGGAAGAAAGGCUCCAGUGGUGCCUCCCUGAGGGAACUGCCUUCUCCUGGCUACCCAAUCCAGAAAGCAGUCUGGAAGAGGAUUGUUUCGAGGUGACCAGAGAGGCCAUGCUCCAUCUGGGCAUCGACACCCCCACCCAGAACAACAUCUUUAAGGUCCUAGCUGGACUACUGCACCUUGGCAAUGUCCACUUCGUUGACUCAGAGGAUGAAGCCCAGCCCUGCCAACUGAUGGAUGGUACCAAGGGCUCUGUCAGGACCUCAGCCUUGCUGCUGCAGCUCCCAGACAACAUGCUGCUGGAGAGCAUGCAGAUUCGAACCAUCAAGGCAGGCAAGCAGCAGCAGGUGUUCCAGAAGCCCUGCUCCCGAGCUGAGUGUGACACACGCAGAGACUGUCUGGCCAAACUGAUCUAUGCACGGCUAUUCGACUGGCUGGUAUCUGUGAUCAACAGCAGCAUCUGUGCAAACUCCAGCUCAUGGACCGCCUUCAUAGGUCUGCUAGAUGUGUAUGGGUUUGAGUCAUUUCCUGACAACAGUCUGGAACAGUUGUGUAUCAAUUAUGCCAAUGAGAAGCUACAGCAGCACUUCGUGGCUCACUACCUCAGGGCCCAGCAGGAGGAAUAUGAAGUUGAGGGCCUGGAGUGGUCAUUUGUCAACUACCAGGACAACCAGACCUGUUUAGAUCUCCUCGAAGGGAGCCCCAUCAGCAUCUGUUCCCUCAUAAAUGAGGAAUGCCGCCUUAACCGGCCGAGCAGUGCAGCACAACUACAGACACGCAUUGAGAGCGCGCUGGCAGGCAGGCCCUGCCUGGGCCAUAACAAGCUCAGCCGGGAGCCCAGCUUUGUGGUUGUGCAUUUUGCGGGACCUGUACGGUACCGCACAGCAGGCCUGGUGGAAAAGAACAAGGACCCUGUUCCCCCUGAACUGACUGGGCUCCUGCAGCAAUCCCAAGACCCCCUGCUCAUGAUGCUGUUUCCUGCUAACCCUGAAGAGAAGACCCAGGAGGAGCUGUCUGGCCAGAGCAGGGCUCCUGCAUUGACUGUGGUGUCCAAGUUCAAGGCCUCACUGGAACAGCUCCUGCAGGUCCUGCAUAAAACAACCCCCCACUACAUUCGCUGCAUCAAGCCCAACAGCCAGAGUCAGCCGCAGACUUUCCUCCAGGAAGAGGUCCUGAACCAGUUAGAGGCCUGUGGCCUUGUGGAGACCAUCCACAUCAGUGCUGCUGGCUUUCCCAUCCGGGUCUCUCACCAGAACUUCAUGGAAAGAUAUAAAUUGCUAACAAGACUCCGACCUCGUACAUCCUCUGGCCUCAGGGGCCUGUGUCCUGCCAAAGGGUCCUCUGAGCAGCCUCUGUGUGCCAAGGAGGCCACACUGCAGCCUCUACUACAGGACAUUCUCCAUGCUCUGCCAGCUUUAAUUCAGACAGCAACCACUCCCAGGGACCCAGCUAAGACUGCACAAAUCCCACUAUACUGUGGCAGGACAAAGAUUUUCAUGACUGACUCCAUGCUAGAGCUUCUGGAACGUGGGCGUGCCCAGAUGCUGGAGCAGUGUGCCCGCUGCAUCCAGUGUGGCUGGAGGCGACACCGGCUCCAAAAGCAGGAGAAGCAGAGGCGGGCGGCCGUGCUCAUUCAGGCAGCUUUUCGGUCCUGGUUAACUCGGAAACACAUCAGAAGGUUACACAUAGCUGCCACAGUCAUCAAGCACGCAUGGCAUAAGUGGAGAAUCAGAAUGGCCUGUCUUGCCUCUAAAGAACUGGAUGGUAUGGAGGAAAAACUCAUGCCUCAGGCUCCCGGUACCCUGCGUUCCUCGCUGUCCCCAGCACACACUAGGUUCCUGGGAGCAAUAAUCCACCUCUGGCCCCUGGGACUGGUGCUAGCCAACUCAGCUGAUGGUAUGCGUGGCUUUCAGAGGAAACUGGUAGCCCAUGCCUGCCUUCGGCUUCCCACAAGCAGCCCCAGCAACAAAGUCCAGACACCACAACAAGAUCAGGCUGGUAUCACGUCCAUCAGAGCACUGCCCCAGGGCUCAAUAAAGUUCCACUGCAGGAAGUCUCCACUUCAGUAUGCUGACAUCUGCCCUGACCCUUCAGCCUCUAAUGUUACUGGCUUUAAUCAGAUUCUGCUGCUAGAAAGGCACAGGCCAGUCCAAGUGUGACUCUUCUACCCCCGCCUGUCUGAGUGAUCUUUACUGCUUUGUUUCCACAAGGCCUUUUCCUGCCAGCUGCCUUGCCAAAGACAUCUGAUCCCACACACACGUGCCAAGCUAUUCCCACAGCAACUCCAACUGACUCCAACUGCGCGUGCAAGCAGAUUCCAGCCUAAGCCAGGGCUUCAUGGCCAAAGUGCCACCCUCCAGGGCUAUGGCCUCAGCACUGGCAGGAUCUGGGGGUGCUGGGUACCAAGCCAGGAUUAGGGCCACAACAUCCCAGCUUACUGUCUUCAGGCUCAGCCUCACCAGAUGUAACUGUCCAUCCAGAAUGUUGUCACUACAGUGAGAUGGACACUGGGCCAUCCACAAGCACUUUAAAGGGCCAAGUCACCCUAAAAUUGGCUCUAGAAUUUUGGCUGGGGGAAAACUUGCAUAUAAUACAUUAAGGGAACAAUAAUAUUUAAUAAACUGAUUUAUUUAAUGUUACCAAGGACAAUGAACAAUACAGGGUCAAGAGAACCACACCUUAAAUUUCUUAACACUAUCAGUUUUAGAUUCAAAUGGAUACACUUGGUAUUUAUGAUGUAACUCUGAACUGUACAAGAAAUAAAAUUUAGAACCACCAUCUAAAUAUAAA